GGGAGUACGGCAGGGCUGGAGGCUGGAGUGCCAGGGACUCAGGGCGGCCGUGGCGUUCGCACCCCCAGCUCGGGCAGAUGUGGAAACUUUGGGGAGGUGAAGAGGGCGCAGCGGCGCUCGGCGGCGCGCUCUUCUUGCUGCUUUUCGCGCUGGGGGUCCGCCAGCUGCUGAAGCUGAGGAGGCCGAUGGGCUUCCCUCCGGGGCCGCCGGGGCUGCCAUUUAUCGGCAACAUCUAUUCCCUGGCCGCCUCAGCCGAGCUUCCCCAUGUCUACAUGAGAAAGCAGAGCCAGGUGUACGGAGAGGUACCGCUCCGACGGGUCCCGGGCAGGGAGGGCCGCUAGACUGGCCCGGGCUGGCCAGGGCCUUCCUGGUUGGACUUAUGGCCGCUCGUGAGCCGAGUAAUAGGGACCUCUCCACAUGCCGGCUGCCCGUUGAGGGACAUCCGCUUCCAGGCUGUGGAAGGGAGAAGUCCUCGACGCCGUGCCCCCUGCAAGGGGAGCCCCGCCCCUGCCGGUGACCCACUCCGGGCCGAGGCCCCGAGGCGAUCCAGGCCUGAUUUUCCCGCUACCGCUCGAGUUCUUGCUUCUGCGCCUGCGCCGUUUGGCUCGCCGGCCGCGGAGCCACUUCAGGUCCAGGUUGGACCCCUGCCCUCAGGGCGGGCGUCUUGCGAGUCGGCCUCGCAACUCUGUGGAAGCUGCACGCGGCUUGUCGGAAAAUUAAGGCGUUCUAAAUUCUAGAUGGUUAAUAACAGGUUCUUCGGUGUUUGCAGUCGAUGAACUACUGGUGUAGGCGUUUGCUGUGAGAAUGGAGAACGCAGGGGAACGCCCCUAACUGAGAAGCUGGCCCUGGGAAAUGAUUGUGAACGCGUGAAUGAAUUGAUGACUAAAAUCCGCUGCGGGGGUCCCACAGCACAGAUGGCAAUGCCGUUCUGACUGGCUGGGAACGGCCCCUUAGCAGAUACUUAAAAGGCGCCUUCUGUGUGCCACUGUCACUGCCAACUUGGUGACUCAUUUAAAACUCACAACCAGCCCGUGAGGUCGGUACUUAGCUCCUCCUCAAUCUGCGGAGGAGAAAGCAGCACGGAAAUGCCUUGUGACUGGCAGCGGAAAAGGCGACCCCCGCAUGUGUAUCUUCAGUUUAGAUCUUGGAGGCAUAUCAACUGUGGUUCUAAAUGGCUAUGAUGUAGUAAAGGAAUGUCUUGUUCAUCAAAGUGGAAUUUUUGCAGACAGACCAUGCCUUCCUUUAUUCAUGAAGAUGACAAAAAUGGGAGGCCUACUCAAUUCCAGAUAUGGCCGAGGAUGGGUCGAUCACAGACGAUUAGCUGUAAACAGCUUUCGAUAUUUUGGAUAUGGCCAAAAGUCUUUUGAAUCUAAAAUCUUGGAAGAAACCAAAUUUUUUACUGAUGCUAUUGAAACUUACAAAGGUAGACCUUUUGACUUUAAACAAUUAAUAACGAAUGCUGUGUCAAACAUAACCAAUCUGAUCAUUUUUGGAGAACGAUUCACUUAUGAAGACACCGAUUUUCAGCACAUGAUUGAGUUAUUUAGUGAAAAUGUGGAACUAGCUGCCAGUGCCUCGGUCUUCUUGUAUAAUGCCUUUCCAUGGAUUGGCAUCCUGCCUUUUGGAAAACAUCAACAGCUGUUUAGAAAUGCAUCUGUGGUCUAUGAUUUUCUCUCCAGACUCAUUGAAAAAGCUUCAGUCAACAGAAAGCCUCAGCUACCUCAGCAUUUUGUUGAUGCUUAUUUUGAUGAGAUGGAUCAAGGUAAAAAUGACCCAUCAUCUACUUUCUCCAAAGAAAACCUAAUUUUCUCAGUGGGUGAACUCAUCAUUGCUGGAACUGAAACUACAACCAAUGUGCUACGGUGGGCGAUUCUUUUCAUGGCCCUUUAUCCUAAUAUUCAAGGACAAGUUCAGAAAGAGAUUGAUUUAAUUAUGGGCCCCAAUGGGAAGCCUUCUUGGGACGACAAAUCCAAAAUGCCUUAUACUGAGGCAGUUUUGCAUGAAGUUUUGAGAUUCUGUAAUAUAGUUCCAUUAGGGAUUUUCCAUGCAACCUCUGAAGAUGCAGUUGUACGUGGUUAUUCCAUUCCUAAAGGCACAACAGUAAUUACAAAUCUUUAUUCUGUACACUUUGAUGAAAAGUACUGGAGAGACCCAGAAGUGUUCCAUCCUGAGCGAUUUCUGGACAGCAGUGGAUAUUUUGCCAAGAAGGAAGCUUUGGUUCCUUUUUCCCUAGGGAGAAGACAUUGUCUUGGAGAACAGUUGGCUCGGAUGGAAAUGUUCUUGUUUUUCACAGCAUUGCUUCAGAGGUUUCAUUUGCAUUUUCCACAUGAACUAGUUCCAGAUCUGAAGCCCAGGUUAGGCAUGACAUUGCAGCCCCAACCCUACCUCAUCUGUGCUGAAAGACGCUGAAAGUGCCUGGAUGUUUUCGGGAGCAAGGGUGUAUAUUUGCCUUAUCCCUGAACUUGGUUUAAUCAAAUCAAUGUGUGUAUUAGAAUAAAAGUCACAGCAUCAUAAAGCCAAAUGAA